AUGACAGUCAAGGCGCUGCGAGCCAUUGCAGAUGGCAAGUGCAAGAAACUGGACCUGCACUACUGCGACUGGGCGGGCAGCUCCAAGGGCAUGAACGGCUUCAUCAAGUCACUGCUCCCCAAGUUCGCCGCCGCCAACCCCCAGAUCGAGUUCGCCGUCUCCCCGCGACCCGGCAAGCACCCCGUCAUCGUCGGCCACUACAUCAACGGCCGGACGAAGCCCAUAUGCGUGCGCAACCUCUCGCCGUACGAGAUCCUGCAGAAGGUGGAACUGCUGCGUGAUGCCAGCGGAGAGAAGCUGAGGAGGACGAACAAGGCGGUUUUGAGCACCAAGCCGAGUGUCCGAGGCAUCUGGUCGCCGUACCACGGCAAGGGCAUGGCUGUGUAA